GUUUCAGACUUUGUACUUUUUACAUGUAUUGAAAGUUGAAACUAACGGCGUUAAGUCUCCUUUUUGGUCUAUUUAAACUGUAAUUCUGAAUAGUGAUGCAACUAACAUUGCAAUUGCUUCAACUGUACACACACGACACACACAGCAAAAAUAACAAUGGCGGCAACAGCCAAGCCGGUGAUGGUCGUCGGAGUUGAUGAUAGCGAGCAGAGUUUUUUCGCACUGGAAUGGACGUUGGAUCACUUCUUUGUAUCCUCUGCUCCACAUCAUCCCUUCGAACUAAUCAUUGUUAACAGCAAACCUACUCCUCCUUCUUCCAUUGGAUUCGCCGUUCCAGGUGUGGAAGUUUUGUCGCAUGUGGAUGUGGAUUUGAAGAACAUCGCUGCUCGAGUUAUCGAAAGGGCAAGGGAGAUUUGCCUUUCUAAAUCGGUGAAUGAUGCGACACUAGAGAUUGUGGAAGGGGAUGCGAGAAACAUCCUAUGUGAUGCUGUGGAAAGAUACCAUGCCACCAUACUGGUUGUUGGAAGCCAUGGUUAUGGAGCAAUAAAAAGGGCGGUUUUAGGAAGUGUAAGCGACUAUGUUACCCAUCAUGCUCACUGCACUGUCAUGGUAGUGAAGAAGCCCAAGGCUUAGCUUAAUUAACACGAAUUCAAGAUAUCUUGCCCCAUGGCAUGGCAUCCAUCAUCAUUAGUUACCUUUUAUGCUUAUCUUUCAUCUGAACUCCCCAUGGCUGCAGUCUAACACCGUUGUUGAUCGUGGUAGUAUGUAUGUAUGUUUAAUGUUUGUUCAAUUUCAUAAACUUAUUUUCAUUUGAGCAAUCUAUAUAUGUGUUUCCUUCAUUUUAAUCGUUAUA